CCGGGCUCUUUUAUCUCCUUACUUCCUUUUCUAGCUGGUUAGUCCUUUCUGGGAGAUACACAGGAACACAAGUCGCUUGGGGACUCGAUGAAACGAUGAUUUCGCUGUUUCCGACUCUUUGUCAACAUCAUGGAACCGACUACGCGCGCAUGUGCAAAGCCAGCCCCCAGAACCAUGGCCGUUUUUACUGCAUGAUAGUUACAUUAUCUGGUCCUUUGCAUCUUUCGUCUUGCUAAUAGUUAGAGCACCGACAAUAGGGUUUUCUUUCAGAGGUGAAGCCCCGUUUUCGACCCCCACCCGUCCCGUACUGCCUAAGCGAAACCGGCGUCGUUCCUCUCCCUGUUUGACUCGUGGCUGCGGCUCUCGAUUUCCCUCCUUCACAAGGGCAACCAGCUCUCUCCCGCGUUUAUUGCCUUCUCCAGCCUAUCUGUUUCCCCUGACUUCCCUUUCUACCAUGGUGCAGGCGAAGCCAUGCUGCCGUCAACUGGCUGCUCUCGGCUGUCUAUUAGCCACUGCGUGUCGUGUCACGCUCACGUGCGGACCUUCUCUGUACACACUAGCGCGGCUACCACGCUAAACAGUGCUGCGGAACAACCUUUUUAUUCACACUGUGGCAACCCCGCUCCUCAAGUCCAGCUUCAGUUCGCUUUCGGCGUCGAGAAAGGCGUCUCCGCGUCGCCCUCUGGCGCUGCUUCUGUCUUACCCAACUCCCGCUCUUUCCGCACUGUACAUCCACCCCGGAAUCCCCAUUCAUUCUAUUCCGGCCGGGUAUCACGUUCAGCUUCUUCUUUUGCUGGGGAAAGAUGUUUUUCCUUUCCUCCUUCGUGGGGCCUUCAGCCUCUCCCCCCCGACGUCCUGCUUUCCGGUGUUUAUACAGCGGCGAGAUCUCACACGCUCAGAGCGCCGUGGCUAGCUGCUGGCGGCAGGUCGGCGCUUCGAGGAAACGCCGGAGGGAGAGUGAACCGUGAGGAGUUGCUCGCGAAGGAAACCGUUCCCAGCAACUCAACAGGGGAUGAGGGCUGUGAGGACGCCGACGGAAGGACUGAGCCUUUUCUUUUCCGCGACAAGACUGGCAACGGAAGGCAGAAGUGGACAGGAGAGCAGGGCGAUUCAACAGACAGAGAUGAGGGUACACCGUGGUGGCAAGGAGAUUCCGACUCCCCGUUGCCGACACAGAGCAGGGUCGACCGCAUUCUGCAGGCGACACCUUCCAGGCCGACCCCGCCUCUCUCACCAUCUUCGUUGCCUUCGGAUUCUCCUCCAUCUUCGUCCUCUGUUUCAUCUUCGCGUUCGCUUCAUGCUGCGUUUGCGUCGCGCCCUCGCAACUUCCCCACGAGUUUCUCAGACCCUGCUGUAGGACACAGUGUGGCGCCGAGCUGCCAGUCGACUUUAGAAGAAGACGACGAAGCUCUUCUCCAGCGUUUGCUUCUUGAACACGGAAUCAUCGACCCCCGACGCGACAGUCUGGCGUCUUCGGCCUCGAGUGACACUGGGAAAUUGUCUCUCUCUGUGACGGGAGAGGUCAGUGGGCGAGAGACCAGCUGCGGCCCAUUUGUCGAACGCGCUACACCAUUGAUGCCCCUGGAGGCGCCUGAGUCUGUUGCUGAGGCUGUAGGAGGCCACCAGCGCGUUCCGAUAGAUCCUCGGAAGAGCCGAGAACAACUCGAUGAAGAGGUGGAAGCUGCGAUUGCUCACUUUGUCCCAGCAAAGUACAAGCAACCGGCGAAUGUGGCGCCUAGAACACCGUCCGACACAGACGAGAUAGCUCGGAGCCCGAGUGUGGGGGCGACUGCCGCCACAGGGGGAGAGAAAGAGCAGCCAGCGUUGAGUGCUGUUGAAUCCUCCAGCACGUUUGACGCGCACGCGAGCGGCGAAGCAACUCUCGGACUGCGAGAGGAGAUCCAAGGCAGGGACGCGGCUGACCCCGAGAACGACGGAGACGAUGAUUUUGGCGGUGCGUCGGAGAGUGGACAAGCGGACUCGACACAGAGCAUGCGCGGCGCGGCAGACGACUGCAGGGGCCUGGUCACCUUUUACGGAGGAGGGGAGGAAGGAGACGCAUGCCCUGAACGAGCAGAAUACAUGGAAGAUGAAGCCUUUGCACAAAACGUGCUGGGUGUUGUGAGUCGGCCGCGGGUGUCUGGACACCUGGCCGCGGCCCCGCGUCGGCGUUCGGAGACGGCACUGGACAAGAGCAGCGGUUCGGAACGCGCUAGAGAAGACGAACGAGAGUCUGAGAGUGACGAAGAGUUAACACCUGCUCAACGCUUCUAUCGGGACAACCGCGAGCUUCUUCUCAAGCGAGCGCAGGCGUACUACCACGAGAAGCAGCAGAAACUGGCACGGCAAUCAGACGGACUUUCCGAUGCUGCGGGUGUCGUGGACGACGACGAGACAGAAGCCGUUGAUGACGAAUGGGCGUUUUUUCGGGAGCCCGUCGUGAGACCGGCAAAAGACCACCUCUGGGGGGUUGGUUGGCAGCAACCGGCUGAAAGCUCUGAGACGGGACAAAGGAGAGCCAAAACCGUCGAGCUGCAGAGCGGCAGGAUGCCGACUGUGGAAGAAUUUGUAACUAUUCUCCAGCAGGAACACAUGGAGGAUAUCCGAGUCAUCGACCUGGAAGCGUGCGGGAGAAGAGACGUCGCCCGAUUUGCCAUCAUCGGAACCGGCCGAACUCCAGCGCACUGCAGAAGGGUAGGCCGUCUGCUGAGUCGACUGAUAGUGGAGCUACAAGUCCCCUUUCUCUCGCGAGCUGCGUACUGCCACAGCAACCGAGACGACGACUGGGUAAUUGCCCGGUGUGCACACAUUCACCUACACCUGAUGACGAGGACUGUGCGAAGCCAGUACAGACUGGAAGAUCUGUGGCUUCUUCCUCAUGAGCACUUCGGCCCUGAAACGUUUCCUGGGUACUUCGACUGUUCAUACUCUCAUCCACCGCCUUACCUUCUGGCCGCUCGCGAUGCGGCAUUUUCAGCGGCUUCCUCCCGAGAUUUGAAGGCAUACGAGAGUCUCAUGGAAAACCAAGACUACCCUGAUGCCUCAGUACACUUCCAGAUUGAUGCCCCAGCACCACCACCACCAGAUGAUGCGAAGCCCAAAACCAGUGAUGAAACGUUCUCAGCCUUGGAUGUGGAACGGCUGGCACCGCACAAGGAAUAAACGUUGUGGCCCAUAGAAAAGUUCUCCACGAACUACGACGGGAAGAUCACGUUUCCGAUGUCCUGCCAGGAGCCGCAGCCAUCGUAGAUGC